UCAAAAUAAGCCAACUCCAACAACCAACUCUCGCCUCUUUGUAUGGCUAUUACCAGCAGUACAAUGGGUGAUUUGUCCCAUUCUCUCCGGAAACAAUGUCCUACGUUUAUGAUUGACGGGGUUUUCUGGAGUGUAUACUCCUUGGGAAUUUCUCUUUCAUGAUGAACCCUCGAGUUUCAACUGCCUUGGGUCUUGUGUAGCUACCAAUGGUGGCAAUUCUCAAUGAAACAGUCACCAUAAGGAAUUGUAUAUUUUUGAUGGAUGAUGAAGCUCCUUGCAGUGGCAUAUUUCUUUGUCGGACUAUUAUCUUAUAGAGAAACAUAAAAUUUAGUUGGUUUAUGGGAUCCCGUCAGGCAGCCUAUUUCUAGGGGUCUCUUACAUAACAUCUCACACUUUCAUUGAAAGGUGAUCAGCGCAGGAUGCAGGUUCCCAUAGGCAGCAUGUUUCUAUAGGACUCUUUCUAUAGAUAAUGCUAAAGAAUUUAUGCGUUCCAUGAAGGCCCCUAAGGUGGCGUACCCUUUGGGGAUGUUCGCACUCGCGAGGAUCCCCAAGAGUUUCCCUUCGGCGGCUACUCCUUCCAGUACUACCAGGAUAUAUAAAGGGUAUAUAUAGCCCUUUAAUAUCAUUGAGACUCUUAGCGCUCUUUUGACUUCUCCAUCGUCCUCAAUUGUGUUUUGCGCGGUUGAUCCUUGUUCAUUACUUGCAGUCAUUUUUUAUUAUUCGUCCUUCCGUCCUUCGAUAUCAACUCCGCCUACUGGAAUUCACCACAAUGUCUUCGUUCUUGUCUAGGACGAACACAGACGGGGGAGAAAAAGUGACCCCCUCAGAGGCUGAAAGCAAAAAGGAGGUCAAUCCUGAUUGUGAAAGGAAUGCUUUUUACACAUCUAAAUUCAAGUCACUCCCAUCCGAAUUCUUAUGCAAGAUCACGAAAGCUCAUGUUGAGGUUGUCCAGUGGCGCCUGGGAAGGGCCGACCCGGGGACCCGCCCACCGUGGUGGCCUGAAAGCGUAGAUUAUGCCGACGUGGAUAAGUUGAGUGAAGAGAGUCGCGUCGUCGUUAACGCCCACAUAUUUUCCAACCUUAGGAUUAAAGGAGAGGAGCUCGAGGGCCCAUUUAAACGAAUGCCGAAAAUACCCAACGAAUGCGAAGCCGUAGAAGAUCUCAGCAAAAUAUAUGAAAAGAAGAAGUCGGAAAGCUAAUCAAAGAGGAAACCUUGAUGAGUCCGCCGAAGCGUGAACCAGACAAUAAAUUCGGUAGUUUGGCAACUGAAGAGAUUGAUGGGACUGGGAUGGUAAUCGGAUACUUGCAGUCCCCUUUUUCUUUUCCUCCGAAGGAGGAUUUCUUUGCAGGAUAAUAUAUAAUUAAUACGAGGCAUGCUUAUCUCAACUUAGUUGAAUAUCAAUUUCAUUUUUCCACCCUGAGCUCUUCUUUGCUUGUAUUUUGAUAAAAAAGAUCGUCAGACGCACAUGACAGGAGACGUGAAGGUUUGGUUGGUUUCACGAUACUUGGGCGAAGGGCAUGAAGGAUGAAACAGUUCCACCGGCAGGGUAUGUCCGUUCUGUUACGCAAGUCACUGACCGCAGAGUUAUUGGGUGGGUAACUGCCAUAUGUACAUUACAUGUACAUCAAUGACAACCAUGAGGCUUUGAAUUCUAUAUCAACCUAUAUACAAUGGCCCACCCAAAAAAAUUGACCUGUUGCUUCAAUAAGAUAUUCCUUGUCACAGUCCUACUUGUCUUUGAGCUCAUCAAAAGGCCCCUUC